AAUCUUGUGUUUUUAUCCCCUUCCUUGAGCCACUUUGAGCGAGAAUUUUGAGCCCAGUAGGACUCCCUUCUUUUUAACCAGUCCCAUAGCUCCAAUUGUGCUUUUUUCCUUUCCUGUAUUUCUGCAUCCUGCAAGUUUCUUUGGCCUGCAAUUUGGUCGAUGUCAUGAAUCUGACAUUCUAGGGUAUUGAUUUUCCCCUCUAUUUGGCCAAAUUCUGUUGCAUUCCAGCUUCUCAGUUUUGCUUUAACAUUUUUUAGCUUGUCUACAAUCGAUAGAUUUUCAGAUGUUGCCCAUGUCUCCUUUAUGAUUUUUGCACAUCCCGGAUGGGACAGCCAGCAGUUGAGGAAGCGGAAAGGUUGUCCCCAGUUCUUUUCGUGCGAGUGUACAAGGAGUGGGCAAUGGUCUGAGAUUGACCUUUUCAGCAGUGAGACCUUUAGAGGAGGGAAGGUUGUGAUCCAUUGUGCCGUUACAAACAGACGAUCAAGUUUGCUUUUCGAUUGUCCUCUAAACCGUGUAAAGCUCCCGUUUGAUGAUGGGAUUUCUAAUAAUUGCAUCUCUUGCAGGAAGUUUUUGAAAUCAUUCGACCCAUUAGGUGAUAAUGUGAUAUAUGUUGGCUGCCUCGGUCUUCGCUAUCAAGAAUUUCAUUGAAAUCUCCAAUUAGAAAGCAUGGCAGAUUUGUUGCAUCUUGAAAUUCAACUAUACUGUGCCAAACUUCCGCUCUAUCCGUGAUUGAGCAUGGAUUUUAUAUGCUAAUGAGAGUACAUUUAAAGGCUAGUGAUUGAAUUUCACCAGAGAGGGCAAUCCAGUGUUUCUCACACCGUGACUGAUCAAGAGAGAAAAAGUUUGAGUUCCAUAUAGCCAGCAAUCCUCCAGAGUUUCCUUGAGAGGGGGAUACAAUCCAUUGUAGUUGUGCCUCUUUCCAAAUUGAGUUUAUGAGUCUAUCAUUGGGACUCUCUAAUUUCGUCUCUUGGAUAAACACAAAGUGAGGAGAGUGUUUAUUUAUUAGGCUUCGACAUGAACUUCUUUUGACUUUUGCACCAAGUCCACGUAUAUUCCAUGAUAGGACAAUCAUCAGAUAAUCAGUUUUGCAAUGAGAGGGGGUUUGCCUUAAGAAGUCGUCUGCCAAUCCUCGACCUGCCUUUCGAGGAUUAAUUCAAUUCGAGCCUGUAGGAUGCUUGUUGUUCCGUCAUACUUUAGGCCCAAUUGCUCAGCAAGUGCAAGGACAUCGGCUGCAGAAAUUGUGUUUGGGUGAGGAUUUGCUUGGUUAGUUAGUAAGGGUACUAUGAUGGAUGGUGAGGGGGAGGAGAGUUAAGGGAGUUUUUCGGUGGAUGUUGAGUUUUUUUGAGGGCUUUCUUUGCUCUUUUUUCUGUGUGUGCUUUCUUGAUAUUGCAGGGGAUGUAAUCUUCGAAACCUGGAGGGAACAGUGGUCCAGACGAGAAGGAGGAGGAUCGUGUCACUUUGUUUGGCCUGAUGAGUGGUCCAAACUUAUUAUGUAUUGAGAUUGGUGUGUUUGUUUGGCUUUUUGUGGGGCUUUUUUGUGUGGAUUGAAAGGAGGGGUGGUGGUCAGGUGGCCCAAAUUUUGAGUGGGCUGGGGAGAUUUGGUGUGCUGGUUGGGAUGAGUCAGUUAAGGGGUUUAUUGGUUGGGGGGAGGGAUUUUUGUCUGACUUGGGAGGGGGGUCCAAGGGAGGUGAAUCUCGAUUCCCUUUGUUUCUGUUUUGGGAAUCGGGGGUAGUAAUAAUGGCAGUCUUUUUUCCUGUUGAUUCAGAGGAUUUGGGAAAAGAAUCUUGGGACUUGUGUGGACUGUCAUUUGGUUGGGUUGGGCUGCACGCGCCGUCGUCUUCAUCAGAAGAGGGGGGUGGCGUUGUUUGCUUCAUCACCAUUUUUGGGCAAUGGCAUUCCUCUGAGAUGCAUACUAUGUGUAGAAGUUCCGCAAUUUCAAUUGCAAUUUUACAGUUGAUUGAGAAUAGGCAAUCUGUUAGAAUUGUGACUCUUGCACAGUCAAAACCUGAGUACUCAACAGAUAAUAUCCUGCCAAAUAUGCAACCAAUUCUAUAGAAAUUCUCAUAUCCCCAUCCAUUCAGUGGUACUCCAUAUAUUUUGAUUUUUGUUUCCCUCCAUUUUGAAGCACACACUUCAUUGACAUUUCGAAUGUCCAUAAACCAUCUGUGGAGCCAUUCACUUUCUAUCAUAGCUGUUUUGUCCUCAAUUGUUUCAAAUGUUAAUAGGUGCAGCAUACCCCCCAUCGGUUUAAUUGAGAGACAUGUUACCCCUUCUGAUAGUAUGUGUUCAAGUAUGGUGUCUGAUGAGAGUGAAGAGUUUGACGUUGCAAUGGCGCUUCUUUUGAAAAUUUCUGCAUUUUCUGUUGAUUUUGUUCCUUUUAUGGUGAUAAAUUCCUCGCCCUCUAUCUCCUUAACUACCAGGUCAUCCCUGAUGUUUUCAAUUUGUUCACCCAGUAUGCGGGAACUCAUUCUUCUCGCACGACUCGGUACGAAUUUGAAGCAAUCCGGUUGUGGUGAUGUUCCAUUGGGGGGGAUGUUUUGAUUUUUUGGAUUCAAUUCGGGUUGUGGUUUCGAUUUAUGUUCUUUGUGGUUCUGGUUUGACUGUUUUUUAGGUUAAGGGAGACUUCCUUGUAGGAUCUGUGAUCCCUUGUGGAUGAGUGGGGUAAUUUGGUGGUUUGUCUUUCUUGGGUUUUUUUUAAUUGGUGGUGUGGGUUGGUGUUUGGAGGUGGCGCAGUUGGAAAAGCUUUGUCGCGCUUCGCCGGAUGGGUACGGAUUCGGUUGUUGCCCAUUACCCGUCCGUCUUCUCCUCUGAUUGCUCUUACCAGGGAGACAUUGGAUCUGAACUUGACGAAGGCGUAGCGGUACCUCCGGUGGGGAUGAGCUACCGCCGGGAUAUGGAUGUUUUCGAUUUCUCCGUGCCGGCUGAAGAGGUGAUGGAGGUCUUGUCGGAUUAUGUUUUCAGGGUUGUAAUCAUGGGAGGAGUUACAUCUUCAAGUAUAGGUGUACCGGCAGAGCAAAAGAACCCGAAAACAAUCACGAAAACUACUGAGCAGGAUCAAAAGCCGAAAAAGAAGAUUUGUUGUGCGUGCCCCGAAACUAAGAAGCUGAGAGAUGAAUGUAUAGUACAGAAUGGUGAAGAUGCUUGUGGCAAGUGGAUCGAGGCGCAUAAGCAAUGCCUUCGUGCUGAGGGAUUUAAUGUUUGAUGAAGAAUCAGUAAUCAGAAAUUUCGAGCUCGUGAAAUUUGCAAGAUAGGUAGUUCUUUUUUCUGCUAUACACAUCUUGAUCACAUUUUUGUGAAUAAAAGGUAUAUGUACUAUGUGAGAUGAAUUGUUAUCUUGCAGCUAGAUGGCAUAUCCGUUAGACACUUAGGCUCUGUUUGGUGGGGUGUAAAUCGUGUAAUACGUUUUCCGGGAAAAUGGUUUUCAUCUAUUUUCAAUUUUACAUUGUUUGGUUUGCGAAAGAGUGUAAAACCAUUAUUCAUAGGAGUAAAAUUGAUCUCCCAAUGAUGGAAAACCAUUUUCCCUCCAAAAUGAAGGGAAUUUUUUUUUUC